GAAGCUGCUUCCGGGUGAGCCCGCCCCACCCCCACGUGGGCUUACUUAGAACCCCGGCGGCGAGCUCUGGGAGCAGCCGUGAUCUGGGCAUCUCCGCGUUGCCUCCUGAACUCCUGCUGUGCUCCAGUCAUGCAGCCAGAGUCCUUGCUUCACAGUGGCUACUUCCACCCCCUGUUGCGAAACUGGCAGACAGCAGCCAGCACCUUUGAUGCCUCCAAUCUCAUCUACCCCAUCUUUGUCACGGACAUACCUGAUGCUGUGCAGCCAAUCGACAGCCUUCCUGGCAUUGCCAGGUAUGGUGUGAAUAAACUGGAAGAGAUGCUUCAGCCCUUAGUAGCCAAGGGCCUACGAAGUGUCCUGAUCUUUGGGGUACCCAGCAAAAUCACCAAGGAUGAGUUGGGUUCAGGAGCAGACACAGAAGACACCCCAGCCAUUCAGGCAAUCCGUCUGCUGCGCAAGGUGUUUCCCAGUCUCCUGGUGGCCUGUGAUGUGUGCCUGUGUCCCUACACCUCACAUGGUCACUGUGGACUCCUGAGGGAGGACGGCUCAUUCCGGGCUGAGGACAGCAGCAGGAGGUUGGCAGAAAUUGCUCUAGCCUAUGCCAAGGCAGGCUGCCAGGUGGUGGCUCCAUCAGACAUGAUGGAUGGGCGGAUUGCUGCCAUCAAAGAGGCAUUGAUUACCCACGGGCUUGGCAACAAGGUAUCAGUGAUGAGCUACAGUGCCAAGUUUGCUUCUUGUUUCUAUGGUCCUUUCCGGGACGCAGCACAUUCUAGCCCAGCUUUUGGUGACCGACGCUGUUAUCAGUUGCCUCCUGGGGCUCGGGGCCUGGCCCUUCGAGCUGUGGAUCGAGAUGUCCGGGAGGGAGCAGAUGUCCUGAUGGUCAAGCCUGGGUUGCCAUAUUUGGACAUUGUAAGAGAAGUGAAGAACAAGCACACUCUCCUGCCCCUUGCCGUGUAUCACGUUUCUGGGGAAUUCGCCAUGCUGUGGCACGGAGCCAAAGCCGGGGCCUUUGACCUCAAGACUGCUGUGAUGGAGGCCAUGACAGCCUUCCGGAGAGCAGGUGCCGAUAUCAUCAUCACCUACUACACACCUCAGCUCUUACAAUGGCUGAAGGAGCCGUGAUGGACAGAUAAGAGUACAAGAACAAAGAAUUUUUUUAAUGAAGGAAAAAAGAUAACCCUGAGGCCUCAGAGAAGUGAAAAUCAGAGUAAAAGAUGAUUCAGAACUCUCCCUUCUUCCUGCCCCCUGAGCCCAGGGUUCCUGGCACCCACCUUCCUGCCCCGCUGGGAGCCCGUGGAAAGGCUUGGUAAGCACACAGAGCCUUGGAGCCCUCCGCACCACCGCCAUCUCCUCCUCACGGCAGCUCUGCUCUCCUCCUGCCGCUCCUCCGGCCUCUCCAGACCCCUCACCCUGCCUCUCCUGCCUGGCCAAUCCUCCCCUCUGGGUGUUACUGCCACACUUUCUCUUAGAAAACCUCCAGGCUUUACUUAGCUCCUCAAACAUCCUGACCUGCUGAGACCAGGGAGAUUCUCCCUUCAACUAGAAUCAUUUCAAGGCGACAGAAACAAUCCAGCAGUGAGUAAACGGGGAGUGAGGCCUUGGAAGAGCCACAUUGGCUUAGCAGACUCUCCAGGAGUGAAGUGACAACAGCAGAUGGGCACCAGGCGUGGGAAGAGGACUCCGGCAGAAGGUGCGCUGAUGUCAAGUAGCGGAAAGAGCGUUAGGCUGGGAGUCUGAAGACCUGGAUUUGUCACUUCCUCUCCCAGAACCUCAGUUUUCCUCAUCUGUGAAAUGGGGGAGCCUUAACACUUGUACGGCUUGCCUCACAGGAUCUUUGCGACAAAAGCACUUUCUGAAUACUAUGAAAAUGUGAAUCACUGUGAUUAGCAUUGUAAUCUCCAGGGCUGAGGCUCAAUUCUAAAGUGAAGGUCUUGGUCUGUUGCUGUUGUCACCUUAUGUGAAGGGUAGAUUUUCUGAUUCUCUCACAACCCAGUGGUUUCUGUGCUGGUGUCAUUGGUUUGACUGUCCCCUGCCUGUGAAGAUAAAAUGCUAGGAAGCAGGAUUAUGUUGGAAACCAGAGUGAGUUGGAAAAGGAAAACCAAAUACCCCCACUACCCUGGUGUGUCAAGUUAGUCCAGUGUCCUGGUUUCAUCUGUCUGGCUAUAGCUCUGCUACUUGUCUGAGUGGAAAUGUGAAAGUCCUCUCUGUAAAAAGAAGGGAUUGGACUAGAUGAUCUCUGAGGCUGGAGUCGGAGGACCUGGGUUCAUAUCCAUCUGCUGAUCCUUACCGUCUCUCUGAGCAAAUCACUUAGCCUCUUUGGGCCUCAGUUUCCUCAUCUGUAAAAUGAGGGGAUUAGAUUAUCCCUGAGGUCCCCUCCAGCUCCAAAAUGCAGUGGUCCACAAGUUGGCAGAUAAGAGCUUUUGUGAAGGACAGAAACCAAUUCAGCAUUAUAGAACUUUGAAAACUAAAGGGGCCUUAGGGAUUAUCAGGAUGUUAAAAUGUAAUAAAGUUUUAUUUUUAAAAUCCAGCUUUAUUCAGUUCAAGGACAAA